CUUUGGAAUGAUGACAGACACAUGGAAAAUUAUUAAAUUGCCAUUGGAAUGAUGGAUGUUCAACAUGACAAAAACCAUCUGUUUUUAUUAAUGUUUCUUCUGGAGGUAUAUAUAUAUACCUGUGUGGUGUGAUCAUUAAGUGGAAUAUGUGCUGCAGCAGUGUGUAGCUUCUGCUGUGGGUGUAUAGUGCAUGACACGACAAAUGUUUGUUUCUUAACACUGACUUUCCUACAGGAUUAGCAGAACAACAUGGUGAACAACUUUGAAAAAGAAACACAAGCUCUGAUGGGGAGAAAGUUGAAUUUGAGUCACCUCACCGAGGAGGAGAGUGAGCAGAUUCUUCAAGUUAUUCAGAAAGAUUUCGAACUCCGGCAGAAAGAGAAACAAAGACUGAGUGUGAUCGAGGAUGUUGUCCAACAAGAAGAGGAGAAGGCCAAAAUUCUCUCCAAACAGAAAGAGUUCAACGAGAACUGCUGCAUUCGGUGUUGUAAAAUUUUUGGAUUCAUAUUUAACCGGAAACAGGAAUGCAAGGUCUGUGGGUUCUUCAUCUGUAAAAACUGCGGCAAAUACAUGGACCAAAUCAAGGGUUACGUCUGUAACAAGUGUUUGACUGAGCACAACCUCAAGCUGAAGUCAUGUGACUGGUUCUACAGCACGGUGGGCCAGCGGUUCCGGCGGUUCGGGAGUGCCAAGGUCGUGAGGUCGCUGUACAAAUGUAAGAAUGAAAGUAGAUCCAAGAACUCGGGCGUCCGGGUGUGGGGCUCUGACAGUGAGGUAGACAGCGGUUAUGAUCCUUCAUACUUCAACAAUUCUCUGCCACAUUCUCCAGUGAAAACAAGACCAAGUCUUCAAAAUGUCUUUGAUAUCCAUCCGAGUCAUGACGACAGUGGUAAGUGUCUUCUGUUAUAUAUUCCUCGUUUAUACUUCAUUCUCCAAUAAAAAUCAGACCAAGUUGUCUGUUGUAUAUUCCUCCUUUA